AUGGCUCGACCUCAGACCGACGACUCGGCCCAGGACAAGCACGUCGCCCGUGAGCUGCUCAUAGAGUUAUUAGCGUUCGUCGUCUCCCCUCAAGUCCGCGUAGUCAUAGCCCUCACUGACGGCUCAACGUAGUCAUCAGUUUGCGUUCCCGGUGCAAUGGAUCAAGACACAAGAGCGACUGCUCGACGGGCCCAAUGCUGUGCAACGACUGGUGGAGCUGGGCCCGGGAUCGACUCUGCUCGGCUUGGCGAGAAGUACGAUCCAGAGACAAGUCGCGACGGGUCAUCGGAUAGGCGAACCGGUCGAGACGCUCGCUUCGACCAGCGAUGCGGACCAGAUAGCCUACCGAUACGAGGCCCGAAUCGAUCUGCUGGAACCAGCAGAAGCGACCAAGGAUGUCAGCACCACGGGACUUCCUCCGAAGGAGAUUCCAGCACCGGGACCAGUUGCGAAGCCGCCUACCGCCAUUCCAGUACCUACACUCGGAUCUCAAACAGCCGCUACGCAGAUCGCAGAUGCCUCCAUAACGCCCUCGGACAUCCUGCGCGCCCUGAUGGCCCGCAAAUUGAAACUGCCCAUGCCGGAGAUUUCUCUCUCGAAGACCCUCAGGGAACUCUGCAAUGGGCGUUCAACGCUGCAGAAUGAAAUGGUCGGCGACUUACUCAACGAAUUCGGCUCUCUCCCGGACAGACCGGAAGAUCUCUCCCUCUCGGUCCUCGGCGAGGCGAUCAGCAUUCGCCCCGAAACACCAUUGGGAAAGACCACGACAGCAGCUCUGCAGAAGUUGGUCGGCUCCAAAAUGCCAUCUGGCUUCAGAAUGGCGGAUUUGCAAUCAUAUCUGAGCGACCACUGGGCUUUGCCACGGGGACGCAUGACUUCUGUCAUUCUGUACGCCCUAGCUUCAGAACCUGAGAGGAGGCUCAUGUCAGUCGCUUCGGUGCAUAGUUACCUUGAUGGUCUUGCAAGCAUGUACGCAGCGUGGGCAGGUCUGGAUCUAUCUCCCAAGCCCUCGCAACAGGACGCCGUCCAGACACAGGCCGUUGCUCUGGUGCCGGCACUGUCGACGGAAGCUGUCAAAGCAAGCAAGCGCCUGGCUCAGAAGCAAUACGAUGCUCUGAGUGAGUUUCUGGAGACGGAGAGGGCCAGCCACUCGUCCGAGGAGACAAAAGCGUCCAUAACUAGCCUUCAGUCUCAGCUCGACCACUGGACUGCUGAAUUCUCGGAUGACUUCUUGAGCGGAAUCAUGCCCUCGCAUGACCCGAAGAAGGCACGUCGCUUCGAUGCGUACUGGAGAUCUGCACGUCAAGAGCUCCUGGAGUUCUACCAUUCGGCCACUGAGUCGCGGCAACCGCUUGGCGCGAAUGACUUUCAAAAUUUCCUCAAUCGGAUGAGAAAUAAGGCCGAUCCUGAACUCGCGGUCAUUGCCAACGGCUUGGGCAGAGAGGCGUACGAGAAGCUCGAUUCUUCGCCGCACGUGCUCGGCCAGUUGCGAGAGGUAGAGCACAUAAUUUCUCAGCACUCGGACAGCGUGGAGGCUUCCGCGAUAGCCUCUGUGCGCUGUCAGCGACCCAGGGUCCAAGUUACUUAUGCAGGCGAGAUUCAACAUCUCGAGACGGACCGUAAUGUCGAAUACCCUGACCUCCUCUUCCGUUCCUCGUUUGAACCAUCCCACAAGGCAAUCGACAGUAGCGCUUCGGUUCACGUCCACGGCAGGAGCAACACCCAACUCGACGAAACCCUCACAUCGGAACUGUUUCACAUCUGUGCACAAGCGCUGAAGUCGGGCAUGUCGUUCUCUGGAAAGCACGUUCUGGUCACGGGCGCCGGACCCAACUCCAUCGGCACAGAAGUCGUCCGCCUUCUCCUUCGGGGCGGAGCUCGCGUGAUUGUUACGACAAGUCGCGCUCCGUCCCAGUCCGCAAAGUACUAUCAGAGGAUCUACGAAGUCGAAGGAGCCAAAGGGUCUGAGCUUCUACUUCUCCCUUUCAAUCAGGCCAGCGUCCGUGACUGCGAUGCUCUCGUAGAUUACAUCUACUCGCCGCAGAGCUCCGGCGGACUGGGGCGGGAUCUGGACGCCAUGCUUCCCUUCGCGGCUAUGGCGGAGGAGGGUGCGGAAUUGUCGGACCUCGACGGCAGUAACGAGUUGGUACACCGCUUGAUGAUGACCAACGUGCUCCGUCUACUGGGGCGCAUCAUCAAGAAUAAGAGAGCCAGAGGUGUAGAUGACAACCCGACGCAAGUCCUUCUCCCGCUCUCCCCGAAUCACAGCAAUCUCGGCGGCGAUGGGAUGUACUCCGAAUCCAAACUAGGUCUUGAGAGCCUGCUGAAUAGAGUGCGGUCGGAAUCUUGGAGUGACGAACUCUCCAUCUGCGGUGUCAAGAUCGGCUGGACACGCUCGACGGCUCUGACGGGAGGUAAUGACCUCUUCGCAGCGAUCAUGGAAGACCAUGGAGUCUUGACCUUCUCAGUCGCCGAGAUAGCGUUCAGCAUAGCCACGCUGAUGACACAGAGCAUUCGGGAAGCGUGCGAACAAUAUCCUCUGCUAGUGGACUACAGUGGCGGGCUUGGGCAACUGGAAGACUGCCAUGCUGUACUUGCGGAAGGCCGCCAGGCGAUUCGAUCCCGUGCGCAGACGGCAAAAGCGCUCGCCGUGGAACGUGAGCUCGAGGAUGGAAAGAGUAUCGAGUCUGUAGACGAUACUACUCGCGGGACUCCUGUGCGCCAGCGCUGUCCGAUCCGUCUCGAUUUUCCAGCCGUACCCGACUACGAAACCCAGAUCCAGCCUUUGCAGCAGGGCUUCGGGGACAGCAUCCCAGAUCCUGCCAAUACCGUCGUGAUCGUCGGCUUCUCCGAGCUCGGGCCGUUUGGUAGCUCUCGUGUGCGCUGGGAAUGGGAACGUGCAGGAGAACUCAGCCGGGCGGCUCUCAUCGAGACGGCCUGGUUCAUGGGCCUCAUCACCCACGUGCAUGAGCCGGCGAAAGCAGGACAGCAGCAGCACGUCGGCUGGGUUGACGCAAAGACAAGAGAGCCUGUUCACGAAGACGAGGUCGAGGCGCGAUAUGGAGAGUACAUCCGCGCUCACAUUGGCAUUCGAAGUCUGGAGGGUGAAGCCUCGGGUGAUGACGAGAACGACCCGACUCUGCGGGAGAUAUUGGAAGAGAUCAGCCUCCAAGAUGACCUGGCCCCGUUCGAGGCGCCUGCCGCGGCUGCGGAAGCACUGAAGCGUCGACACAAAGAGAACAUCACUGUUCAGCCGCUUGCGCAGGAUGCGGACCGAUGUACUGUGCAGUUGAAGCGCGGAGCGACCAUCAUGGCCCCCAAGUCGACCGUCUUCGACUGGGGCAAAGUAGCAGGUCUUCUCCCAACAGGCUUCGAUGCCAGCAGGUAUGGUCUGCCCAACGACCUUGUGCGCAAUCUCGACCCAACCGCACUGUUCGCCGUGUGCUGCGUCGCAGAAGCCUUCUACUCAGCCGGUCUGCCCGACCCACUCGAGCUCUUCAAGCAUAUCCACCUCUCCGAGCUGGGCAAUUUCCUCGGCUCAUCGAUCGGUGGAGCGAUCAAAGUCAAGAACCUGUACAAGGACGUUUAUCAAGGCAAGGAUGUCGAAGGCGAUGUUUUGCAAGAUGUCUACGCCAACACUCCCGCAGCUUGGGUCAAUAUGCUGCUCCUCGGAUCAGCAGGUCCCAUCAAGACCGCAGUCGGCGCGUGUGCCACUGGCGUGGAAUCGAUCGACACGGGCUUCGAUUCCAUCAUGUCCGGCAAGACUCAGGCGUGCAUUGUUGGUGGCGUCGACGACUUGCAGCAAGAUGAGGCGUUUGGAUUCUCGACACUCAAAGCGACUGCAAAUGCUGCAGAGCACUUGGCAGCCGGCCGUCUCCCUUCCGAGAUCUCUCGACCAGCAGCCGAAAGCCGUGGGGGAUUCGUCGAAUCGCUGGGAGGAGGCGUGCAGAUUCUCUGCCGUGCCGAUCUUGCUCUGCAGAUGGGCCUGCCGAUCUACGGUAUCGUAGCUGGCUCGGCGAUGGCCUCGGACGGAGUUGGCCGCUCGGUGCCAGCUCCCGGUCGAGGCAUCCUGAGUUUCGCGCGAGAAUGUCAGACAGGGCCUGAGGAAAGACUAGGCAAAGACGUCGAUUCGCGUCCGGAAUCAGACGAGGAGGGGAGUCGGUCUUCCUUGUCGGAAAGUUCGGGGUACAGCACUCCAUUAACGCCUCCUGAUGGAUCUUCGGUCGCAUCUGGGAGAGCAUUUUUCGAGAGUAAGCGACUGCCCAACAGGACAUGUUGGCCUGCGUCGGCCAAACCAUCGGUCGUUUCGUCCCCAUUUCGAUCUGCUCUGGAGACUUGGGGCUUAAGCAUUGAUGAAAUCGACUUGGUCUCGAUGCACGGAACUUCCACCAAAGCGAAUGACAUCAACGAGCCCGAAGUACUGAGUGCGGAAUUCGAUCACCUCGGACGCAAGCCAGGCCAUCCAGUGUGGGCAGUCUGCCAAAAGUCCAUCACCGGCCACCCCAAGGCGCCCGCCGCAGCUUGGAUGCUUAAUGGCUGCCUACAAGCGAUGGCCUCGGGCGUGGUGCCUGGUAACCGAAACGCAGACAACAUUGAUGCCGCAUGGCAACACUUCGAGCAUAUCUGCCUGCCGACAAGCCCCGUGCAGGCGAAAAUCCGAGCUUUCACACUCACCUCAUUCGGAUUCGGCCAGAAAGGCGGUCAAGUCAUCGGCGUGUCCCCGAAGUAUUUGUUUGCGACACUUUCGCAUGAUGCAUACUCGCAGUACACGCAGCAAGCGGGCGUCCGCUCACAACGAGCCGAGCGAGCCUAUGUCAACGCCGUGAUGACCGACCGAAUCGCCGGUAUUCUCGAUUCGCAACCGUACCAGAAGUCGAACACGAAUUCAAUCCUCCUUGAUCCAACAGCGAGACUCGGAGCCGACAACAUCAUCUCCCGCAGCAUUAUUCCACCGGUCCAGCAAUCGAAGCCUGUACCGCAAGUGGUAGGCAAAGAAAUCCAACGCGGUCGUGACGGCCGCCGACGCCAGGGAUACCCCCACCGCUCCCGCAAUGUGCGCAGCGUCGGCGUCGACGUCGUUAAGCUGGCCAACUUUACGGCGCACGAGAACAGAGUCUUUGUCGAGCGGAACUUCACCCUGCACGAACAGACCAUGGCCGCCGCACACAUCGAUCCUGCUGCCGCGCUGGCCGGGCGUUGGUGUGCCAAGGAAGCCGUGUUCAAGUGCCUGCGCACACACGGUAAGGGCGCCGGUGCGGCAAUGAAGUCCAUCGAGAUCGUCACUGCAGAAGGAGGGAUGCCCGCCGUCUCGGUAAGCUCGAUACCUCCCAAGAUUGAAUGUACCGUUGUUUGGGCUAACACACGCUGCAGCUUUCGGAAGACGCGCUCAAGGCCGCUGAAGAGGCCGGGUUGGGUAGCAUCAGUCUGAGUUUUGCCUAUGAGGAUGAUUGUGUUAUUGCGUAUGCUAUGGGUCUUGGCGCUUGA